CCAUACACAAGGCUUAGCUUCAGUGAAGGUGGAAACAACACACAGGACAUGUCGACACUAGAAGAGGCCAAGAAGGAGAUUGUCAAAUAUGAUUAUGUUAGGUUUUCCCUGUGUGACUUGAAUGGUGAACACCGUGGUCAAGUUGUCGCUGGCCGUCAUGCUGCCAAGUACCUAGAAGAAGGGAUUGAUAUACCUCAAGCUAUUCUAAGAGCAGUCCCGAGGAAACCCUACCCUCGAAUUGACCAAGAGAGAAACUGUCGCAAGGCUAUGAUAUAUCCUGAUCUUGACACCCUCAGACCCAUUCCUUGGGCAGAGGACGGGGUCAAAGUCGCUCAGAUAUUGUGCGAAUCCCGGUGGAAGAAAGACAACUCUCCCCAAGAAGCAUGCCCCCGAUAUGUCGCCAGAAAACAGCUGCAGAGAUUGGAGCAACAAGGAUAUGCUUUCUAUUCUGGCUAUGAAAUAGAAUUUAAUAUUCUGGAAAAAGAAACCAUGACCCCAAUAUUUGAAUGUUGGAAUAUGUUCAGCCAAAGAAUAUUCAACAAACACAGCAAACUUCUAUUUCAUUUUGACAAGAACUUUAAAGAAUCAAACAUUGAUGUGGAAAGAUACCAUACUGAAGCGGGACCUGGGAUGUUUGAAGCCAUUUUGAAACCAAAAUUUGGCAUAGAAUGCACGGAUAUGACCAUGAACAUAAAAGAAGGACUCAUGGAAAUGGCAGCAAAUUUGGAACACCAUGUUGUCACUUUCAUGGCCUUUCCUCUCUCUGAGAAAACCCCGAUAGGAACUAACAUUCAUCUAAAUGUUUCACUUUGGAACAAAAAUGGUGAGAGUUUGUUCUACGAUGCGUCUGCUCCAGAUAAGCUGUCCGUCAUCACCAGAUACUGGAUUGCUGGUAUGCUGAGGCACAGUAAAGCUCUAUGUGCCCUCUGCAGGCCCACUGUCAACUGUUACAGGGCCAUCUACAAGCCUUUUUGUCCAUCAACUAUAUUCUGGGGAAUAGAACAUGGAGAAGCAACCAUACGAGUAAAGAAUGAAAGUCCCUCUAAGACAUACAUAGAGAACAGGCUUCCGAGUGGCAAGUCCAACCCGUAUCUUGUUGUGGCGUCGACCAUCGCCGCUGGUCUGGAUGGGGUCCUCAACAAACUAGAGUGCCCGCCCGCGGGAAGUGUCGACAACGCCGAGACUCUCCCUCACUCUCUGGAGGAAGCUCUGGAGGAGUUGGAAAAGGAUGAUGUACUCGUCAGCGCCCUUGGCAGUGAGCUCGUCACAUGGUUUGUCAAGUGCAAGAGAGUUGGAGAGAUUGACCUGUUCAAAGAUGCUAAAACAGAUGAGGAAAAGGUUGCAUUGGAGAAAGAGUGUCAUCUUCUGUGAAUUUUGGCCGAAAAAGAAGCUGACUGAACCUCAAGUUAAAAAUCUUGUUUUAUCAACAUUAUUUGUAUUUGCAGUCUAAAAGAAACUGCUUCUUUCGUAAUUUGACAUUUAAUUGUUGAGACCAAUUAAAAUGACAAUCAUAUUUCAAAAUUUGAGUAGGGGGCAUGGGUAGCCCAGUCGUCUAAGGCGCCGCGAUUCGUUGUGCAGAGGUGCGUCCCUUGGGCACGCCAGA